AUGGUUGACCAACUAGCCCGCCCCAAGGAUCAAGUGGAAGUUUACUGGUUUUCCGAGCAGCCCCAGGGCUACGUCAGCGACGCCCAAUUGGAGCAGUUCGACUCGGGACGCUUAGGGUUCCCCAAUACGUUUUUCGAUCCGGACAAGGCCCACAUUCUCUACAACGAAUACCACGACCAGUAUGCGCUGGCCGACGAGUUGGGAUUCGACGGGAUAAUGACCAACGAGCACCACGCCGCGUACUGGUGCGGAAAGCCUGCCGUGAACUUGGACGCCGCCGUCAUCGCCAAAGUCACCAAGCAGGCCAAGAUCGCCAUCCUGGGUAAUGUCAUAGCCGUCAACGACCCCAUUCGGAUGGCCGAAGAGAUCGCCAUGCUUGACUGCUAUUCCGGCGGCAGGAUCAUCUCCGGCUUCGUUCGCGGCGGCGCGGUGGAGACCCUUCAGGCCGGCAUCGACCCCACGCAGAACCGAGAGCGGUUCGAAGAAGCCCACGACCUGAUAGUGAAGUGCUGGACCCAGCCGGGCCCCUUCCGAUACGAGGGAAAGUACUACCAGUACCGGGCGGUUAAUCCCUGGGUGUUGCCAAUGCAGAAUCCCCGGCCCGACAUCUGGUUCCCCGGCACCGGAAGCCCGGAAAGCGUGGUAUGGGCCGCGAAAAACGGCCAUCCAUACAUGAACCUGGGCGCAGUCAUGGAAACCACCGAAUGGCUCAAGCAAAUCUAUAUCGACACCGCCCUAGAAAACGGAUACCAGCCUGGCCCGGAACAUUUCGGCUACCUGCUCAAGGUUUUCGUCGCCGACACUGAAGAGAAGGCCGAUGAGAUUGGCCGGAAUUUCGUGUGGACCGAGGGACACCGCCAGCGCGGUCCACGCGAGCAUGUGGACCCGCCCGGAUACCAGUCCCGCCAGGCCCUGCAGAUCAAGCGCAGCCGCCCCACCGGGGUCUUCGCCGGCAACGCGGGUGAUCCCCAGUCCUACGAUUUGCAGAAGGACGCCAAGAUCAUCAUCGUCGGCACACCGGAUUCAGUGAUCGAACAGCUUACCUGGGUGGUGGAGAAACUGAACCCCGGCUACCUGCUGAUAUACGGGAACGAGGGCCCAAUGCCCCACCAGGACUGCAUGCGUUCCAUCGAGCUCCUGGGCAAGGAAGUAAUCCCAGCCCUGAAAGAGAUCCAGCUACAACCAUACGAAACCGACUAG